AUGAUUCUUUCUUUUCAGAUAUCAGGUUUCCCAAAUGUAUUAGAAGGUAUUGAUGGAUCGUAUAUAAACAUUCGAACUCCUAAACAUAAAAUAAGAUCUACUUAUGCUAAUCGACAUGACAAAACGAGUCUUGUAUUACAAGGAAUUUGUGAUGAUAAAAAAAGAUUUAUUGAUGCCUUCACCGGAGUGUCUGGCAAACUGCAUGAUAGCAGGACAUUCACAUUAUCUUUUAUAAGCAAAAAUAUUAGUGAUAUAUGUAAAAAUGGGAAGUAUCAUUUGUUAGGCGAUAGUGCUUAUCCAAUAAGGGAAUAUCUUUUAACACCUUAUAAAGAUUAUGGAAAUCUUACUCGACCGCAAAGAAUAUAUAACAAAAAACUUUGUGGAACGAGAGUGCUUAUUGAAAAUGCAUUUGGUUUACUAAAGUUGCGAUUUCGUCAGUUAAUAGAAUUACAAUUUCACAAUGUCAAAAAAAUUUCAAAAUUUAUACUGGUGUGUUGCGUAUUGCACAAUUUGUGUAUUGAUUUGAAGGAUUCAUUCGACGUAGAAUUAACAAACGAGCCCAAUUAUGAUGAAAUACUUAACAUUGAUGAUCCUCAAGCUUUGGGAGAAAUAGAAUUAAAAAGAAGAGGAGAGCAGAAAAGAAAUGAAAUAUGCAAGUCAUUUGAUGAUAGUAAAUAGUAAAUAGAUGAUAUUUUCAAAU